AUGCUGACCCGCAGGCAGGACGGCGAACAGAAACUGCGCUUUUUCAAGAUGCUCGUGGAACUUGGCUACAAAGAAAUCGAAGUUUCCUUUCCUUCGGCCUCUCAAACCGACUACGACUUUACGAGACACCUGGUUAAUACCCCCGGCGUGGUUCCCGAUGAUGUCUGGCUACAAGUUCUGUCUCCGUGCCGAGAAGACUUCAUCCGUCGCACGGUUGAGUCGUUAAGAGGCGCAAAGAAGGCUAUCCUUCACUUAUACCUCGCGACGAGCGAAUGCUUUCAGAGGAUUGUUUUUGGCAUGACGCAGGAAGAGAGUAUUGCGCUGGCUGUCAAAUGCACCCAGUUCGCCCGCUCCAUCACCAAGGACGACCCCAGCCACGCAGGCACCGAGUGGCUUUACGAGUUCAGUCCCGAGACCUUCUCCGACACCUCGCCCGAAUUUGCGGUACGGAUUUGUGAAGCUGUCAAGGCUGCCUGGGAACCCACCGAAGACGCGAAGCUCAUCUUCAACCUCCCGGCGACGGUCGAGAUGGCAACGCCUAAUGUCUUUGCUGAUCAAGUGGAAUACUUUUGCACGAACAUGACUGAACGUGAAAAGUUCUGUGUGUCAGUGCACCCCCAUAAUGACCGAGGUUGCGCGGUGGCUGCGGCCGAACUGGCACAGAUGGCUGGUGCUGACCGAGUGGAGGGGACUCUGUUUGGAAAUGGGGAGAGAACCGGCAAUGUCGAUCUGGUCACCCUAGCUCUGAAUCUCUAUACCCAGGGAGUGUGGCCGAAUAUUGACUUCAGCGACAUCAACAAGGUCAUUCGAGUAUGUGAGGAGUCGACCAAGAUCCCAGUCAAUGAACGAUGGCCAUAUGGCGGGCAGCUAGUCGUCUGCGCAUUUAGUGGAUCCCACCAGGAUGCCAUCAAGAAAGGAUUUAAUGUACGCAAGAAGGAUGGAGUUGGACGGGAAGACCGUUGGGAGGUCCCGUACCUGCCGCUCGAUCCUCAGGAUAUCGGACGCACCUACGAGGCCAUCAUCCGUGUCAAUUCACAAUCUGGCAAGGGUGGUGUGGCGUGGGUUAUCCAACGAAGCCUGGAACUCGACCUUCCUCGGGGUCUUCAAGUGGCGUUCAGCAGGAUCGUGCAGAAAGAAGCCGAUGCCAAAGGCCGAGAAUUGCUACCUCGAGAGAUCCAGGCUCUUUUCGAGGAGUCGUACCAUCUCAAGAGCAAUCCCAGAUUUACGCUGAUCGACUACAACAUCACGGCGGUAAGAACGGCCUCGCCGGCUCCGACGUCCAAGGCUGCGACGGUUUCACAGGCACAGAACACGUCGACGGCAAAACGGCAAUUUGCUGGCGUGAUUGCCAUCGACGGAAUCCAACAUCCAAUUGUGGGCGUGGGCAAUGGAGCCAUCUCAUCUCUUGCGCAAGCUCUUCAUUCUCUGGGUAUCGACCUCGAUGUGGCUGACUACAAGGAACAUGCUAUCGGAGAGGGCCGAGAGGUCAAGGCAGCAACGUAUAUCGAGUGUACGGCGACAAACUCGCACGAAAAGGUGUGGGGUGUUGGGAUUCACGAAGAUGUUGUCCAGGCAUCUUUGAUUGCCCUUUUGAGUGCAGCAAGCUCGGUAUGGCAACUAUCUCAGAAAGGUGUGGAGGUGUAA